AAUAUACAUAUUCUUUCUUCUUAGAUGGCGCUGACAUAUUUCUCGCAAUAAAUGUUUCUGUACCAUCGAUUUUACGUAUAACAAUGACGUUAAAUAAUUAGUUUCUACCUAAACAUUAUAUAAAUUCAACUUGGGAGCAUAAAUUUGGCCCUUAAAGGCCUCAUUCGAGAAAAUCAAGAAAAAGAGAAAUGGCUACUAUUCCUUUGAUGUUGGUGGAGGAGGACGUUGAACGAGGUGGUAAAGAACAACCCGAGCAUGAGAUACAAGAUGAUUUCGCAUACAGAAACAAUGUGCACAAUGCAGAUAUUAAGAUACGAAUGGGCUUCUUGCGGAAAGUUUAUGGUUUACUGAGUAUUCAGAUCCUAAUGACAGUCGCGCUGGCUUCAAUAUUUGUGGUCAGCUCAAGCGUGAAAUUAUAUGUGCAGGAUAAUGCAUGGACCAUGGGAUUGGCGUUUUUCUUGACAAUGGGAAUUUUAAUUGCUUUGAUGAUAAAGAGGAGAGAUCAUCCUGUUAAUCUUAUCCUCCUAGGUGCAUUUACUGUAGUACAGGCGUACACUGUUGGAGUUGUGGUGUCUAUGUACGACACUACAGUGGUCCUGGAAGCACUAUUUAUAACAUUGACGAUUUUGCUUGGCUUGACAGCUUAUACUUUCCAAACCAAGCGAGACUUCUCAUUUCUAGGAUUCGGAUUGUUCAUUGGACUCUGGUGCCUUUUGCUCGGAGGAUUGAUGCAGAUCUUUAUUCAGAGUACCACGUUAGAACUUGUCAUAAGCAUCGGAGGCGCGUUGCUGUUUUGUCUGUUUAUAGUUUUCGACACACAACUUAUAAUGCACACACUCUCGCCUGAAGAGUACAUUUUGGCGACGAUCAAUAUUUAUCUGGAUAUAAUCAAUUUAUUCUUACAUAUAUUACGAGCGCUCGCUAUUUCGAGGCAGUAAAGACAGUAUUAUUCAUUACUGCGUUCGUCAAAAUGUCAGAAACGCGAAAAAAAACGUUAUUUUAUAAAUCUUAUUAACAUAUGAAUAUCGGUCAUUUGAAAAACAAGUCGAUAAAAAAAAAAGAUUUUGUCAAAAUUGAGAUCUUUGAAAGAAAUUUUGUAUCUACUUUUCUUGAUUUUUAAUCCUUUGAAAGUUUAUUCUGUAACUUAACUAGACUGUGUGUUUACUCAACUUUUGUAAAAAAGUUGUUGAAUUUUUCAUGUUUCUACUCAAAGUUCCAAGUAAGAUUAGAGGAAUUUUUAAUACAGCUUUGAAUAAAUAUAUUUUAUUGUACCUUUUAUACCUAUUUCCACUAAUGCAGAUUUAAUGCUUUCAGUUUAACUUGCUCUUUAUCUUUUUUUAGUUUUAAAAAUUUGAAAAAGAUAAAGUUAAAUUAAAUAGAGAUCACAAAGUUAAUCUAUUGGUGGAAAUAGGCAUUAAUGUUUCUUAAGAAAUCGCAAAGCUUUUUGAAUGUUGAAUAUUAAAUUCAAGGUAGUAUUAAAACGAAUAUGAAAUGUGGCAUAUAAUGAUUUGUCUGCAAUAAUUCAGAUCUAGCUUAACGAAAAAAAAUGAGAAACGCCUAUUUAAGACUCUUGACUCGUUGGCCGAGAACUCCACGUUGACGAUAACGACAUUCCGUCGCGGACAAAAUUAGAAUUAAUAGACGUGAAACGUGACGGAUUGACGAGAUGUCGUUCAUGUCAUUUUAUUAUUGUUUCAUCGUGAAAAUAUGACUUGUCUCGUAUUUACUAAAUUCGUAAAAAUGGACUGUGAGUAAAGUUUCUUUGAAUUUUAUACAUAAAAGCACAUUUUUUACUAUUUUCAAUAGCUAUUUGUGUGUUUUUCUGUUUCAAUAGCUUCACUUUAUAUACUUUUUACGACUGACUGUUACGGGGGAAAAGGAUAGUCUUGACUCAUUUUUAGUGUUUUAAAGCUACCUGAUUAGUCUGUUUUAUCCAAAUUAGCUUUAUUUACAAAUCGGACAAAAUUACGUAUUAUUUCAUGCAAGUUCUCGCUUCUGAUGUCACGACUUCAAUAUGGCCGCGAUGAGUACUCAGGAGCCUUAAAACUAUAUAUUAUUUUUUAAUGUCACUAUUUUUUUUUUAAUAACACGCGAACCAUAAAAGAAUGUGAAUGAACAUGUAUACGUCAUAUUUAUUGCAAAUUAAUUUUGCAUUUAUCAAGAAAAAAUGACAAAAAAAAUAAUUUUAUCAAAAAAGGUAGAUUUAAAUUUAAAAAUUAAAAUUCCAAAAAUUUCCAAGUUUCAAUAAAAUCAUAUGAAAAUCCAUGAUUUUCAUAAACAAAAAAUAAACUCCCUGAAAAUUUGAGAUUUUUCUGGUAGUAAACGAUUUGUUAAUGACGAGUUUGGUAUCGUUACGGUUACAUUGCGGUAGCUCAGUUUUUUUCACCAUAUAUAUAUAUAUAUAUAUAUAUAUAUAUAUAUAAAAUCUGCGCAAUGACAGUAUAAUGAUACUAGUCAUUAAAAGUUACAGAAUGGGUUUAUCGAUAUUUCAAUUUUGACAAAAAUUGACUUAUUGUUUUAAAUGACAUACAGGGUGUUCAUUAAUGGUAGUCCCCACAUUUUACCAUAGGAGCACGUAUUUGUUAUUUCUAAUAUGUUAGAAAUACAUAUCCGUCGGUAAAUCAUGCUCCUGUGGUAAAAAGUGUAUACAACCUUUAAUAAACACCCUGUAUAUAUAUACAUAUAUGUAUACACAGGAUGAACCUUGAUGGUUGUUCCAACGUUUCAUUAUAAAAGAUAACUUACCGACUGCAAUUUUAACAUUUAGUCAUAAAUCUUAUUGUUGCAAUCAAUAAGUCAUCUCUUAUGUUAAAAUGUUGACACAAGAAUUAAAACUUACCCUUUAUACAUGUGUAUAUAUACACAUAUGUGCGAAUUCCAGGCUAUAUAAUAAGCUUAUAUUUUUUAUCUAAGUGUUUUUAGCUCUUAAAGUAUAAUUUUUAAGGUGCUGUUUCUAGUAUUGAACAUAAAGAGUUAUCUGUAAAUGAAGAGAUAAAUUUAACAGUUUUGUUUUUAAUAUUUUAUUGUGACAAACGCAGAAAUAUAUCAAAAUUACGAUGUUUC